GAAAACAUGUAGAUGGUGUUAAGAUGCUUAUGGACAGACUUGCUAACGUUAAUGCUGAAACUCGGUAUAUAUAUAACAGGACUCCGCUUCACGAUGCGAUUGAAAAUAAGGAAAUAGAAAUUGCUGAAUUACUUUUAAAUCAUGGUGCUAACAUUAAUGCCAGUGAUAAAUUANGGAGUGUUACACCACUAUGUCUUGCUGUUCAAAAAGGAUAUGUAGAUGGUGUUAAGAUGCUCAUAGAUAGAAGUGCUAACGUUAAUACUGAAACUUGGUGGUCGGGCACAACUCCGCUUCACUAUGCGAUUCACCAUGAGAAAUUAGAAAUUGCUGAAUUACUUUUCAAUCAUGGAGCUAACAUUAAUGCCAGUGAUAAGUCAGGUGUUACACCUUUGUGUCUUGCUGUUCAACAAGGACAUGUAGAUGGUGUUAAGAUGCUCAUGGACAAAG